AUGUUCAGACGAUUGCUCACCCUUGCCCCCCGGGCGUCGCCCUUGUCAUUCAUGCCCCUGACCGUCCGGCCUUCGAUCUCGAGCUCAAGUAGUUAUCAUUUGGCCCCCAUUGUCGUGUCGUCUGUUCGGAGCUAUCAUGAAAAAGUGCUAGAUCAUUAUAGCAAUCCCCGGAAUGUAGGCUCGAUGUCAAAGGGAGAUUUGGAUGUCGGUACGGGGCUUGUUGGUGCGCCAGCCUGUGGAGAUGUCAUGAAAUUGCAGAUUCGUGUCGACAAGGAUAGCAAUACCAUCAGUGAUGUUAAAUUUAAGACUUUUGGAUGCGGCAGUGCCAUCGCCAGCUCCAGCUACCUGACAGAGUUGGUCAGAGGAAUGACAUUGGAGGAAGCUGGAAAGAUCCGAAACACUGAGAUUGCAAAGGAGCUGUGUUUGCCGCCCGUGAAACUCCAUUGUUCCAUGCUUGCUGAAGAUGCAAUUAAAUCCGCUAUUUCAAACUAUUAUACUAAGAAUCCGAAAGCGCGUUCCACCGACUUAUCCGGAACCGCCUCGUCUAUCCCUAACGUUGACGCUCAAACUGAGUCGGCUGAACCGGCAACUACGCAAAAUACAGCCGUCUAA